UAAUAUUCCCUGCACUUCAGUAGAAAUUGUGUUUCAUCGAGAGAGAAUAACAGAGGGAAAGCUUAAGCAAUGGCGGCCGAGGAGGACAGCGGGGAGUUUUACCUCCGCUACUACGUGGGCCACAAAGGGAAAUUCGGGCACGAGUUUCUGGAGUUCGAGUUCAGGCCAGAUGGGAAGCUCCGGUACGCUAACAACUCCAACUACAAAAACGACACUAUGAUCCGCAAAGAGGUCUUCCUCACUCCUGCCGUUCUUAAGGAAUGCCGCCGCAUCAUCGCCGAGAGCGAGAUAAUGAAGGAAGAUGAUAACAAUUGGCCAGAACCAGACCGUGUUGGGCGGCAAGAGCUUGAGAUAGUGAUGGGGAAUGAGCACAUCUCUUUCACAACUUCAAAGAUUGGGUCCCUUGUUGAUGUUCAGAGCAGUAAGGAUCCUGAAGGUCUUCGCAUAUUUUAUUAUCUGGUUCAGGAUUUGAAGUGCUUUGUAUUCUCUCUUAUCUCACUCCACUUCAAGAUCAAGCCUAUUUGAAGAAUGAAUGAUGAUAUUGAAAUCCUCCACUAUAGAGGGGAGAGUGGUGUGUCUGUCACAAUUGGCGUUUCUGCGUUUGAUAUAAAGCUUUGUUUUCCAUUUCCUUUUGUUCUCUUGAAUUGAUGAGCUAAGUCUGUGUAUGGUUUGGUUGUGUGAGUAAUUUUUUGGAAUUACAUAAUGUCACUCUGUUUCUGUUGUGAAA